GAAGACUAGAGUGAGAAGUAUGGGAGGAGAAAAAAAGAAAACGCUUGGAAAAUAGUGCUGUGUGUUUGCAGUGGGGGACGUCAUAGCCCGAACACAGAAGUAGGAAUAGGAUCAUACCAAGACACUGUGGAGAGAGAGAAGUUGAAUCUAAAAAAAGCAAAACAUAAGACAUUACACAAAACGGACAAAGUUGAUUUUCUUAAAGUCCCAAGGCGCCUCAGAGAAUAUGUGAAACGUAAUAUUUGUGAAUCGUGACCAUCGCAGGCCCGCUCUGAGUGAAAACAAGGGACUGUUUAUGAUUUCCCGUUCUUCCCCCUCUUCUUCUCUCCAACAAAUCGGCGGAGGUUUUGCGCACAACCGGGAGGCGCCGCUGACUGACGGCAGGAGGGAAUGAAAGUUUUCCAGGCGGGCGGAAUAUUAUUCGACGUAAACACUUCUUGAUUUUGACAACGGUGUCGCGUAUUUCAAUCUGAUACGCGUUUUGGAAAACUGGGGCCAGUUGUUUAGGCGACUGCUGACAUCGAAAUCCAGUUAGAAAUCCUGUUUAAGGCGUGUGCGUGGGUUGCGCCGAACAUGACGGUUGUGGCAGAUUGACGCGGAUAUCACGAGCGCAGCUGUUUUGGACCCAGGCGUCCUAUCUAAAGUUGUAGCUUUUAAUUAAAAUAUUUCGGAUUAUACUGCAUGUGAAUCUAUAAAUCUUAUAUUUUGACAGUUGUAGGUUUGGCUUAGUUUACGCAGUACUGCCAGUAUGAGUGUAGAGAGAGAGCGCAGAGUGGCACAUCUGAUCGGAUCCGAGCAGCGCUUCGGGCUUGUGUAAAUGUUGCCAUGCAAUCUUUAGGAUUAUAGGGUGAAUCGCAAGUAUUUAUCAUCUAUAAAUGCCGUCCAGGCUCUCGAUCAUCUCCUGCUAACGUUCGUCUGAAGAACAAGAUCACUUUGCACUGAAGACCCUCUUGUUGUCCGCUAAAAAUAUUUUAUGGGCAGAAAUCCUGCAGCUGUUUUCGCACUCGGUUAAACUGGCGGCGACGGGCACAAGCCAAAUGUUUCUCCAGGAAACUCAGAAGUUUUUAUGAACCGUAAAAUAAACAUUGUGGAAAAUCAAUCACAAUAUCGAAGCUGGCGAUUUGGAGUACGCAUUUUUAAUCGUCGCUGCCUUGGGAAACUGCUGUAAAAAUGUCAGAAAACGCACCUACGCGGAGUCUGGAUGACAUCGACCUGGCCGCCCUGCGGGACCCAGCAGGUAUCUUUGAGCUGGUGGAGGUCGUGGGCAAUGGAACAUAUGGACAGGUGUACAAGGGUCGUCAUGUUAAGACAGGUCAGCUGGCUGCCAUAAAAGUCAUGGAUGUGACCGAGGAAGAGGAGGAGGAAAUUAAAGCAGAGAUUAACAUGCUAAAGAAGUACAGUCACCAUAGAAACAUUGCUACCUACUAUGGAGCCUUUGUGAAGAAGAGUCCACCCGGACACGACGACCAGCUUUGGUUGGUGAUGGAGUUUUGUGGUGCCGGCUCAGUUACUGACUUGGUAAAAAACACAAAGGGAAACUCGCUGAAAGAAGACUGGAUCGCCUAUAUCUGCAGAGAGAUAUUAAGAGGUCUGUCUCACCUCCAUGCUCAUAAAGUCAUCCACAGAGACAUCAAGGGACAGAACGUUCUGCUUACAGAAAAUGCAGAGGUUAAACUUGUGGAUUUUGGGGUUAGUGCACAGCUGGAUCGUACAGUAGGCAGAAGGAACACGUUUAUUGGCACUCCGUACUGGAUGGCACCUGAGGUCAUUGCUUGUGAUGAGAAUCCAGACUCCACCUAUGAUUACAGGAGUGAUAUCUGGUCUUUGGGGAUCACUGCUAUAGAAAUGGCUGAAGGAGCACCUCCGCUGUGUGAUAUGCAUCCCAUGCGAGCCUUGUUCCUUAUCCCACGGAACCCUCCUCCUAAACUAAAGUCCAAGAAAUGGUCUAAGAAGUUUAUAGACUUUAUCGAGGGCUGUCUGGUCAAAUCAUAUCCGAGUCGUCCAUCCACAGAACAGCUACUUAAGCAUUCGUUCAUCCGAGACCAGCCCACAGAACGACAGGUCCGCAUCCAGCUCAAAGAUCACAUCGAUCGCACGCGCAAGAAACGGGGUGAAAAGGAGGAGACUGAGUAUGAGUACAGUGGUAGCGAUGAAGAGGAUGAGAACAGAGGGGACGAGAGAGAGUCCAGCUCCAUUUUGAACGUUCCGGGCGAGUCGACAUUGCGCAGGGAUUUUCUGCGUCUGCAGCAAGAGAAUAAGGAGCGCUCUGAGGCCUUAAAGAGACAGCAAGCGCAGCUCGCCCCUCAGCGCAGAGACCCUGAGGAGCACAAACGGCAGCUGCUGCACGACCGACAGAAACGCAUAGAGGAGCAGAAAGAACAGAGACGUCGCUUGGAGGAGCAACAGAGAAAAGAGAGAGAGAUGGUGCGGCAGCAACAGGAUAAAGCUCCUCACCGGAGACUCGAUGACAUGAGGCGAGAGGAGGACAGGAGGAUGGCAGAGAGAGAGCAGGAGUUUAUAAGACAUAAGUUGGAGGAAGAACAGCGGCAGUUAGAGAUACUGCAGCAGCAAUUACUGCAGGAGCAGGCAUUGCUAAUGGAGUAUAAGCGUAAACAGCUGGAGGAGCAGAGGCAGUCAGAGAGACUUCAGAGACAGCUACAGCAGGAGCAUGCUUAUCUCGUCUCACUGCAACAGCAGCAACAACAAGACAAGAAACCACAGAUGUACCACUACAGCAAAAACCUGGAAAACAAUAAACCAGCCUGGGCUAGAGAAGUUGAGGAGCGCAGUAAAUUGAACAGACAGGGCUCGCCCAAAAUCUGCACUACAGUCUCAGACACCAACAUCCAGUCACGUUCUGAAUCGAUCAGCCAAUCAGGAGCGGCACAGACUCCGCCUAUGCAGAGGCCUGUGGAACCACAGGGUGGGCAGGGCAAGUUCCAGAUGGCCCACCUGGUGCCAUUAAAACCGUACGCCGCUCCUGUCCCUCGCUCUCAGUCUCUUUGCGAUCAGCCCACUAAGACCAUGUCCGCCUUCCCCACCCAGGAUCCCUCUCCCACACCCACACCUCGCCCUCUACACUCCAGAGAACUAGUCCGUCAAAACUCUGACCCCACCUCAGAGACCCCUGCACCUCAGUCACGGCCAAUGAGAGAUGAGCGGGGGCCCUGGAUCCGUCUUCCGGAGAUUGAACAGCCUCCUAAAAUUCCACAGAGAACAGCCUCUAUAGCCACUGCAUUAAACACAAAUCUCUCAUCUGGUAUCAGACACCCAGUACGAGCAAGUAAUCCAGAUCUGAGCCGUAAUGAACGCUGGGAGAGAGGAGACAGCAUGAGUAUCAUGUCCAAUCUGCCACAGACCGGCUCUCUAGAGAGACACCGCAUACUCAGUUCAUCCAAGAUGGAUUCCUCCCCCACCCUGUCUCAUGAUGGUCGACACAAACCAGGAGAAUCCCGAACCUCAUCCAGACCCAGCAGACCAGCGAGCUAUAAGAGAGCAAUAGGAGAGGAUCACGGACUGUACUCUAAGGAGCGGGCAGAGGAACAGCCACGCCCUCCUGUGAAGGCUAAUGACUACUCCUCCUCUUCAGAAAGCAGUGAGAGCAGUGAAGAGAGUGAAAGUGGAGAGGGAGCAGAGGAGGAAAGUCCUUCUGACCGCCCACGUGAUGCAGAUUCUGACUCUGUGAACACUAUGGUGGUCCAUGAGGAGGAGGAGGGUGAAGGGGGAGACGAAGAACGGCCUGGAGGAUAUGGGGACCAAACCAUGCUUGUACAGAGGACUCCAGAGAAACGGAGUCAUAAUGGAUACACCAACCUGCCCGAUGUGGUCCAGCCCUCCCACUCUCCCACAGAUUCAGCCUCCCACUCUUCUCCUGGGAAAGACUCUACCUAUGAUUACCAGUCCAGGGGAUUGGUGAAAGCUUCCGGAAAAUCCUCCUUUACUACCUUUGUGGACCUUGGAAUGUACCAGCCGUCAGGUGGUACAGGAGAUAACAUUUCUGUUGGAGGUCUGGGCUCUCGUUUUGAGCAGAUGAAGCUGGAGGUCAGGAAAGGCUCAAUGGUCAAUGUCAAUCCCACCAACACUCGCCCAGUUAGUGACACUCCUGAAAUUCGCAAAUACAAGAAAAGAUUCAACUCUGAGAUCCUCUGCGCUGCUCUUUGGGGUGUGAAUCUGCUGGUAGGAACAGAAAAUGGUCUGAAGCUACUGGAUCGAAGUGGUCAGGGGAAAGUUUAUCCACUGAUCAACUCACGCAGAUUCCAACAGAUGGAUGUUCUGGAAGGACUCAACUUACUUAUCACUAUAUCAGGAAAGAAGAAUAAGGUGCGUGUGUAUUAUCUGGCCUGGCUGAGGAAUAAAAUUCUUCAUAAUGACCCAGAGGUGGAGAAGAAACAGGGCUGGACCACAGUAGGGGAAAUGGAGGGGUGUGUCCACUACAAAGUGGUGAAAUAUGAAAGGAUUAAGUUUUUGGUUAUCGCUCUGAAGAAUGCAGUGGAGGUUUAUGCCUGGGCUCCCAAACCUUACCACAAAUUCAUGGCCUUCAAGUCUUUCGGGGACCUGCCACAUAGGCCUCUUUUGGUUGACCUCACAGUGGAAGAAGGUCAAAGGUUAAAGGUCAUUUAUGGCUCAAGUGCUGGUUUCCACGCCAUUGAUGUGGACUCUGGAAACAACUAUGACAUCUACAUUCCUGUGCAUAUCCAGUCACAAGUGACUCCUCAUGCAAUCGUAUUCCUGCCCAAUUCAGAUGGGAUGGAGAUGCUGUUGUGUUACGAGGAUGAGGGCGUUUACGUCAACACAUAUGGACGCAUCAUUAAAGAUGUGGUGCUGCAGUGGGGAGAAAUGCCCACGUCUGUGGCUCAUAUCUGCUCUAAUCAGAUUAUGGGCUGGGGAGAGAAAGCCAUUGAAAUCCGCUCGGUUGAGACGGGACACCUGGACGGAGUCUUCAUGCACAAGAGAGCUCAGAGGCUUAAGUUCCUGUGUGAAAGAAACGACAAGGUGUUCUUCGCAUCAGUACGUUCUGGUGGCAGCAGUCAGGUCUACUUCAUGACCCUCAACCGAAACUGCAUUAUGAACUGGUGAAAGUGCCGCCACACGAACGUAGAUUCUGCCAUGCACACACAUCCAGAAACUGAAGAUAUUCCAACACGCAACGAUUUCUCACAUACACACACACUGUAAAUACACAAAAAAAGCGAACACGUACAAGCCUACAGAUGUAACACGCACUCAUGGUUAUCCGCUCCACAUCUUCCAGAAGACACUCCUGCAUUCUGCUGUGAUUUCUGAGCCAACUGAACAAGGUGCGCGUGUGUUUACUGUGAGCACGCCACUGACCUCUGGCAGAGCAAUGUUGUGUACAAUAACCACAUGGUUAGCUUUCAGCUCACUGACCCUUGUAACAUCAUUCCUCUACCAGUUGUAUUUUUGACUUUUUAGGACCAGAUUGUACAUUAUUACAAGAAAUGUGUGUAAACUAUGAGAAACUGUCGCGAGCCGUUCUGACGCGGCAGCAGCGCGUGUGUUUGGAGACUUUAUAAGCUACGUCGAGCAGCAGAAACAAACGCUGCAGUGGUUAAAGGUGGUACUGCAACACGUGUACAUUUCCAUUUCGACUGUAUAUUGUAGUAGCUGUUUGUUAUCAGUCGCAUUCAAAGUUUCUGAUAAAAGUGAUAACGUUUCCUUUUCACUUCGUAGAAGAUUAGUAAGUGAUUUCAAAUAAUCAACGAUAUCAGUUUUAACACAAUCCGAGAUUUUUGUUUUCCUUCUGUGGGAGGGAAAGAGAAGGGUUUUGCUUUCUUGACAUAAAGACGGUAAUCUGAAGCCUAUGUCAACAAAUUAAGAUGGCCGCUUGGAAAACUGAACCCAUCGUUUUGUUUUUUUACUCGCAAUUGAGCAACAGUCUCUGAUUUCGCUUUUCAAAGCACUUCUUUUCUUUCUAUGUGGAAAUUAGCAUCAUAUCUACAACAGUUUAAUAUUCUCUGUACGUAAACGUAUUUGGUAUUACUCUUACUUUUAUUAUCUGCUGUUCUAUUGCAAUACGUGCUGUGUGCUCGUUCUUGUACGAAGGAGUUUCUUUUCGGUUUUUCUGAUUCUAGCUGCAGGAAUAGAUAGAUAGAUUACUCCGGAUAUGAUUGAUUUUUUUUGGGGGGGCAGCAUAAAUGUAUAGAUCAGUUGUCACUAUGUAAAUUGUACAUAGCAGCCAUGAUCGUAUUUAGAUGAAAAAAAUCUUGUUUGUAUUAACUAGGCACAUGGUUUUUUAGGAGUGAAUCACUACAUUGCAUUAUACGAUAUAAUUUUUUUCCUUACUUAUUACAUCAUAACCUCUUUUCUUUAUGCUGUCAAAAUUCGUCGUUGUGAACGUUAAAAAUGUAGGGUAUUUUAUUAGGCAGGCUCGUAGUUCUGGAACACAUCAGGGAUGUCGUGCAUUAAAUCAGACUUUUCUUUAAGUCAUAUUUGGACCCCACAAUCCGAGCAAGGAAAUAUUGUUCUCCGAGUCCGACUGUGUGUGUGUGUGUGUGUGCAUGAGUGUAUGUGCGUAUCAAUGGGAAAUAUUAAUCGGUAACAUACAGUAGGAUCAGUAUAAAGCAAUAGUUUAAGGAUUAGUGACGGGUUGAUGCUCUGCAAUACUAGACCACACAUUAUUUUCCAGCUUUUCGCUCAUUUCUAUGCAUAUAAUCUACAUUUAGUGCACACUCAGUACUGCAUACUAGUCCAAAAAAAAACACCCAUUUAUUGUCUUUUACUUCUCCCUACUUUUUAAAGUUGGUAUUAUAGCUUAUAGAUAGAUAGCCUUUACAAAGCUUGUGUACCACAAAAAGAGUUAAUUCUAUUUAAAAACGAAAAUGUCGAUGCACUUUGGUGAAUAUUUUUCUAGUUAAUGAUAAUAGAUUACGUUUAAGCACUGACUUGUACAGUUGCUUGUGGCAGUACAAUCAUCAUCCGUUACCUAAUAGCCCCUCCCCACGUUGGACACAUUGGCUGCUGUCACGCAGUGACACACGUCUAGACGAGCACUAAACGGUGAUGACGCAUUCAGUCAGUCGAUGAGCGAAACACUUUAGACAAGUACGGAUACUCAUAAAGUUGCAUUUUAGAGAGAGGCAAGGUUCAUUUUAAGACCAACUGGAAUCUACUGUGCCAUUAUGACAAAUGUGUAUUUGGUUUAUGCACCUCCAUCUCUUUAUUACUAGCUAUAUUUGCUUAGUAAAUCAAACUGCCAUGUUUACUGAAAUAACAGUGCCUUGGAUUGGGAUCGGGUGUAUUAUGUGUGCAUGUGUGUGUGUGUGAGCAACAAGCAAGCGAUUGUUUCAAUAAGAAUCGAAGUUCAGGGAAGAGAAAAGUUGAAAUAAAAGCUAAAUCUAGUCCAUUGUUCAGCUAGGGGUCUCGUGCCAACAAAGUGCACUUAAAACUGACAAUAGCCAGAGCACCAAGACAUGCUCCUCUCUCGCCCCGUGUUAGCACAAAGCCAUGCCAUAUAGUUUAUUUCUCCAGCGCAUUCCUCCUCUGCGGUAUUUAGACGUUAAGCUCGCAGCAACAGCUGGUGGUUUUGUUUAACACCAUAUAAAAGACUAAAAAUAGCCCUGAAAAGACUGUGCUCUUUAUUCUGGAGUGGAUGGUGAUGUUCGUAGCUCGCAAUUCAUUGGCUGUGUCAUUUUCCCAAAGAGGGAAAGCCUCAGGUUGUCAUGCAGGAGGGUCGGAAAAGGUUCGAGUCGUCAUGGUGAAGAGCUUGUUGCGUGGAUCGUGAUGUUUCCCGUUGGAAUUUAGCGAGAUUUUUUGAGUCCUGAUCUUGAAUGAUGACAUUUUUAUAUCAGAAUUAUGACACUACUUUAUAAGAUAACAUUAAAUGGAAGAGUUUAUAACGGGACAGAAUGAGAAAGAUAUAGUGAAUAUAUAUGUAUAUAUACAUAUAUCCCCCUCAAAUCUUUUUUUUUUACAUAAAUAUAUACUGUAUGGAAAUUUAUAAUAAAAAAUAUUGAAUGAACACAACCUUAUAAAUAGAUAUUUAUGAAUGAAUGAAUGCAUUUAUAUACAUCAUAACAUUUUGCAAGCUGAAUAUUAAUCUGAGCACAGUGCUUUUCCUCAUUACCAUGCUGUACAUACGCUGUACAUUCAGUUAGAUUCAUCUCCCUCCCCUCUUAAUCCCAGCGAGUGUUAUAAAAGAGUGCGUGUGGGUGUUGUGAAUGUGCAUGUGUGAAUAAGAGAGCUAUUUUUGUUCAUUAUUUCCUCUGAGGAAAGAGAGCGGGGGGAGAUACCGAAGACCAGUCGAAAGCUAUCAAGGACCAGUAUGGCCAAACAUGCAUACAAAUCGUCACAUAUUUGUAAAGCCACCAAUGACCAAACGUAACAUUGUAUUGCUUCUUUAGCAGCCGACCGCACACGGAUCUCUCAGUAUUAGACUGAGCUACAGGUUAAUGGCUCGAUUAAAUAGGUGUUUUCUCUUAAGUUGGAGGGGUUACAGGUACAUGCAUUGUUGGCUUUACUGUGGACUUUCCAGGCACAUGAAUGUAAUCAGUUUGUUUAAUUCUAGCCUGUCUUAUAGUCAGACUGGGAUGGAGUCCAGUUUUGCUCAUACGUAAUGAUAUAUUAAACUCCAUUCUACACAGUCCGCUAAAUGAUCCUGUCUGUUCGUUCUUAUAUUCAACAAUAGCGUUGUUUUAGACCAGCGGGUCAUGUAAAGCGGUCUAUUAAAGAGGUGUGGAGCUGUCUGGUUUCUUUUAAGGCCUUUAUCUGCUGUGUUUGAGGUAUUUAUCUACUCUACAUGCUAUUAGCACUAUGCUAACAAAGUGGCAUUUCUCUUGUCGUUCUCUCUAGUAAUAUGAAGUUAAUCCCUUAGCUGGUUUUGUAAAAUAUUUACUACUCCAAAGAGAAAGGUUCAUGAUUUGUAGGGUUUCUUUUCUUUCUUUUGGUUAUAUAUCAUAGCGGGAGCCAGGAGAGGUUAAAGGUCGUGUCGGAGGUCUUGAUAAAGUUGAUCCUCUGUGAUGGGUUCAUUAUCAUUCUGUUCUUUUACUUUUCAGAAGUGGUAGAUGUUUCAGACUUAUUUUUAGUGUUUAUGUUUCGGAGAGGAAAUGCUUCAGAUGAUUUAAUGAUCAGUCUUAACGAUCGAAUGCAUUCAUGAGUCUGUAAUGUCUUAAUACAGCAUAUUUGACAAUUAAAAAUAACUUGAUCUCUGUUAAAA